AUGCCUCAAAACGAAUAUAUAGAGCAACAUAUUAAACAACAUGGUAGAAGAUUCGAUCAUGAGGAAAGAAAAAGAAAAAGAAUAGCUAGAGAAGGUCAUAAAGUUGCUAAAGAUGCUCAAAAUUUGAAAGGAUGGAGAGCGAAACAAUUUGCUAAGAAGAGAUAUAGUGAGAAAGUAUCUAUGAAGAAAAAGAUCAAGGCUCAUCAAGAAAGUAAAGUUAAAGGUCCAUCGACCCCCAAAGAAGAUGAAGGAGAAGCAUUGCCAACAUAUCUUUUGGAUCGUCAAACUAAUAAUACAGCAAAAGCUUUAUCAUCAAGUAUAAAGCAAAAGAGAUUGGAAAAAGCAGAUAAGUUCUCCGUACCAUUACCAAAAGUGAGGGGUAUAUCAGAAGAAGAAAUGUUCAAAGUCAUAAAAACAGGAAAACAAAAAAAUAAGAGUUGGAAAAGAAUGAUAACAAAACAUACAUUUGUUGGAGAAGGCUUUACUCGAAGACCUGUAAAAAUGGAAAGAAUUAUACGUCCAGCAGCUUUGAGACAGAAGAAAGCAAAUGUUACACAUCCUGAAUUAGGAGUCACUGUGUUUUUACCAAUUUUGGGUGUUAAGAAAAACCCUCAAUCACCCAUGUAUACUCAAUUAGGUGUUUUAACAAAAGGUACAAUAAUAGAAGUAAAUGUUUCUGAAUUGGGUUUAGUUACGGCUGGUGGUAAAGUUGUUUGGGGAAAAUACGCUCAAAUAACGAAUGAACCAGAUAGAGAUGGAUGUGUAAAUGCGGUAUUAUUGGUAUAG